AUGGCUAAAAUCCAACUUGCAGCUGCCGAGCGUACCAAUAAUGGCUUUGACAGCAACAGCAACACCCAAACAUGGCUGACCUCAAUCCACAAUCGACGCUGUAUGAUGCUUCGGCACUUGCAACCCCAGACAAGACCUGACAAUACAACUCCAAAAACCGUGCCGGCAGUCAACGGCAUCAUCUAUGUCAACACACGAAACCUGACAGAGUCUCUAGCAUCCAAGCUACAGUCUGCAGGCAUUAACGCGAAUGCCUAUCAUGCUGGCUUGGAACCUAUGCAACGUCUCAAGAUUCAAAAUCAGUUCAUCAGGCAAAGCGCAGGCGGCUCCCCACAAGCACCUCUAGACAAAACGUUAGACACAGAAGCUCCUCCAGUUAAUAACGAGGACAUCUUCAACAGUUUCAACAUCAUCACCGCCACCAACGCCUUCGGUAUGGGCAUCGACAUCCCCACAAUCCGCUUCGUCGUACACUAUGGUCUCCCUCGCAACCUCGAAUCUUUCAUCCAAGAAUCAGGCCGUGCGGGCCGCGACGGCAAAGCCGCACAAUCUCUCGUUCUCUACACCCGCGAAGAACGCGAUCGCACCAUCUACAGAGUAAAACUCGACAUGCAGAAAGAUGCUGCGAAAAAGCACAAUCGUGGUGGCUUUGUGCCCGCAGCAAAUGCUCGCUUGAACAGCCAAUUUAACCCAACGACUCAAAUGUCCGCAACACAACCAGAGGCUCAAGCAGAGCAGAGAACGAAGAGUCUGCAGAAAGUGAUUGAGUACUGUGAGAACGUAAAUGUUUGCAGACACAAGACUAUCACGGAGUACUUUGGACAGCCAGGUGCAGGUGUACAGACAGGCGCUGCUAGUAGCAGGUCAAUUGUGCAGAGUGAAGUGAUAUGCGAUAUGGCUUGUGACGUGUGUAAGGAAGGUAUUGCUGGUGUGAGGAGGCGCAAAGAUAGGGGACUGGCAAGUGAUGAGGAAGCGAGCCAAUUCACACAACGGCAGAAUUGGGAUUAUGGUUGA